UUUUACAAACAAAAGCAAGCACCAGUAGCAAAAUACACUUCUGCCAUCCUUCAUCAAUGGCGUGCGCCUCGCACCAAAAUGACAAAAUCUUGGACUACACAGUCCAUUGCUUCUCUAGUUGCCUCUCAAAUUACGCUCCAGAGAAAAUCCAGGAAAACAAACCGUCGGAUCAGUUGUCACGAUGGUCCUCGGACACAAACAGUCCUCCUCAGUUUUUGGUGCUCAAACUGAACCGUUGCUCCGUCAUUCGAUCGAUCACUUUUGGAAAGUACGAGAAAACGCACGUCUGCAAUUUGAAAAAGUUCAAAGUUUAUGGAGGAAUGAGCGAAAACAAUAUGGUCGAAUUACUAGAAGGGGGUUUGCUAAAUGACAGCGUUCCAGAGAUGUUUGCCCUCACCCACAAAAAAGAAGGCUUCGAGAUGCCCUGCCGAUAUCUCAAGAUUGUGCCUCUCCUCUCUUGGGGGCCCAGUUUCAACUUCAGCAUCUGGUUUGUUGAGCUAAGGGGCGAGGACAACCCAAAACUAGUGAAAAGAAACGUCCAAUUCUUCCACGAAUUUAAAGAAAAGGAAGCGAUUCGUCUUUGUCUAAAGCACUUCCGGCAACGAGGGCCAAGCUUUGCCAGCGUUUACGAGGCACUGAGGGUCAACACAGGCAUUGAACUUGAAGACCCCAAACUGACAGCACUGCACAACACCCUUGUGUUGAAUGCUGACUAUGCGGCCACGGAGGAGUUCAUGGCCAAAGCAGUCCAUGAAGGGCUACUUGACAACCAUCUGCUGCGUCAGGACUACACACCCCAGUGGAAGAGGAUAAUGCUGCCUAAGAGUGAGGGCGAAGAAGACUCGAGCCAGCCAGGCAUGAGGGGAGGUCACCAAAUGUGCAUCGACCCUGUUUCGGAGACAAUUUUCCUUUUCGGUGGGUGGGAUGGUACGCAGGACUUGAGUGACCUUUGGCAGUUCCACAUCCCCAGCAAUACGUGGAAGAAACUCUCGUCCAAUACAGAAGUUGAAGGUGGUCCAAGCGCCCGAUCAUGCCACAAAAUGUGUUUGGACCCUGAAGGUCGGCAAAUUUUCACCCUUGGCCGCUAUUUGGACAACCAAUACCGAAGCGCUGACAACUUGAAAAGUGACUUCUAUGUGUAUCAUAUAGAGACCGGUUUGUGGACUUUGAUCAACGAAGAUACAGCAACUGUGGGUGGUCCACAGCUGAUAUUUGACCACCAGAUAUGUAUGGACAGCGAAAAGCGGACAAUUUAUGUUUUUGGCGGGCGCAUCCUGACUGCAAUUCAGGGAUCCCAAGACGAGACUCGGCUAGGUGCUGGCAUCACGUACAGCACCAAUUCAUCAGCUGCGUCAGUCACGUUAGGUGCAGAGAUGGACACGGUGCUCUCUGGCAUGUUUUCAUUUCACAUCCCAAGUGGAUCGUGGCAAAAAAUUUGUGAUGAUCUGGGUGUUCCUAUUUUAUCUGGUCAGCGGAGCUCAUCUAUUAUCAGAGCUCGUGUCGGGCACUCGAUGCUAUUUCACCCUGGACUGCGAGAGCUUUUUAUUUUUGCCGGUCAGCGAAGACGCGAAUAUUUAAACGACUUUUUUGCUUUUAACGUUGACACAUACCAAGUGCGAGUGAUCUGGAACGGCGACAAUAAUGUCACAAAUAAGAGCAAGAGUGUGCACGUCAGUAUACCUGCUACUGGCUACACUCAGAGGGCAACCAUUGACCCCGAGUUGGAUGAGAUUUACGUUCUUUCAGGAUUGAGUAAAGACAAGGAGAGACGAGAUGAGAAUGUCCAAAACUCGUUUUGGGUAUACAGUCUGAAGAGGAACAGGUGGUCUUGCAUAUAUAGGAAUGAAAACACUGGAGACCAGUAUUGGAGCAAAAUGCAAAAUUUGGAGCCGUGUCCUCGUUUUGCUCAUCAACUUGUCUAUAGCGUUUCAAAUAAGAUCCAUUAUCUAUUUGGAGGAAAUCCAGGCAAACCAAGACCUAAACUGCGACUGGAUGACUUCUGGCAGCUUAAGCUUUGUAAACCAACCAAAGAACAACUGCUUCUACAGUGCAGACUCAUGAUUAGAAAGCACAGAUUCAAGGAGUUAGCAGCGCAAAACACUAUGGAUGCUCUGGAUUAUUUGCAGACUUCGUUGCAUGAGAUAAUUGACCAUGACGACCCUGAGAGUACGAGAGAGUUCCAGAAGCUAGCUUCAGAGUUGUUCAGAGACCCAAGCGAGAAAGAUGUGGAGAGUGGCCCGGACAUUGGUCCCUACCAUGGCAGGACAGAACUUUUUGACGAUCUCUCGGCCUUCUUUUCAAAUGAACUGACCCAACCCCAUCUGAAUCUCAUUGACCUUUUACCUCUGUGAUUAAUUUUCUUUUAACAAGGAGAAUAUGUGCUCAAAGUCAAUGCUCCUUUGUGCAUGUUGCUUUUAUUUUAAAAUAAAUUGAUUACAACUUACUUUUAGCAUCAAUUCAAA